UGUCCAUUUAUUAUUUCACUUUAGAUUACAGAAAAGGCGCAAAUUCUGUCGAAAAGGAGAUAAUGUCAAGUAUAAAAUUCUUUGCAAUAUUAAUUGCACUAUUUUGUUUGACAAACGAAUUAAUCUUGAGCGAGGCAGUCAAGUAUUGUUAUUCAGACGAUGAACAUCCCUAUCUGCUGGCUGGUACGAAGACAGCUUAUGAAGUUGAACACGGUAUAAUUAAAAAUACCACUGUGCCAAAUUGCAAGCCAAUGCAAAUUUGGAUGUUAAUUAGACAUGGGACUCGUAACCCUGGAAAGGAAGAAAUUAAAAACAUGAAACAUAACUUGCCAGAACUUCAACACAGAAUCAUUAAGAAUCACGAACAACAUGGAAACGGUAGUUUGUGCCAAAAGGAUUUAGAGAAACUGAGAACGUGGAAUUUAGAUCCAAAUCUUGACAAGCACAAACACAAGUAUUUGACAGCGCAAGGUAAAAAAGAUUUAUUAUCGCUUGGUGCACGGUUUAAAGAUUAUUUCCCGGAACUUCUGCAAUCUUAUCCGCUCGACAGCUCGAAGCAAAAAUAUAAAUUUAGAUCGACAGAUUCAGAACGAACUAUAGUUAGCAUGGACAGUUUCAUUAGCGGUCUCUUUGAUAAUGUAACCGUGAACAACACGGAAGUAGUACCAACUUCUCAAGACACUUUGUUACAGUUGUAUAAAAUUUGCAAGCCAUGGGUGGACCAAGUGAGUAAUACAUCCGGCAAGAAUGAAGUUGACAAAUUAUUAAAUGGUUCACUAUUUAGUAGGAUGAUCGACAACGUUAGCCGGCGACUCGGCUUUUCAGAGAGACUUUCUUUCGAUGAUGUUCUAAUUAUGUACACUGCCUGUUCUUUCGAAAAUGCCUGGUACAUCGACAAAAGAUCUCCUUGGUGUGCCGCUUUUACAAAAGACGAAGAAGAAGUGUUCGAGUACGAAGAGGAUCUCUAUUAUUAUUACUACUCCAGUUAUGGUGAAACGUUGAGCAGCGUCAUUGGAUGUCCACCUUUACAGGACAUGUUCAAUCAUUUUACACAAUUGGAGAAAGGAGAUUCUAACGAAGAACCGCAAGGCAUUUUCUACUUUGCCCACAGUACUACACUUCAAUUAUUUUUAACAACGAUGGAGAUUGCAAAAGACUCGGUGCCUUUGAAAGCUUCGAACUAUGAAAGUAUGAGAAACAGAAAGUGGAGAACUUCUCAUCUGGCGCCGUUCGCUGCGAACCUUGCGGCCGUCUUUUACAAGUGUGAUUCGUCGAACAAAGUAAGGUUUUACCUAAAUGAGAAACCUUUGGAUUACGAAGGUUGUGAAGCAGGCGUGUGCGACUGGGAGUAUUUGAAGAAGAAACUCGGAUUCACGGCGCUCAACUGUAACACAAAUAUUUGCACAAAAUGAUAUGCUGUACAUAAAAUGGAGCCUUAUUUUAUAUAUUAAUGACAACUGUUGCGUAAAAGUAAUAGUAAGAGAUUCUGAAGCGAUUACGAAGCGAUUUCACGAUUAUUUGAAAUUACGUAGAUAUGUGGAAGAAAUUACGUUCUGACAACCUGUACGUAGGUACAUAUAUACCUACUCGAAGCAACGAAGCCAGACGACCUUACAUUACUGUCACAUAAGCCGACGUGAUGAACGAUAUGCUCAUAUAUUAUGACUAUAAUUCAGUCGCGUUUACUUCAUAUUGUCAGAAAAAUUCUUGUAUGCUUUUUCUCUUAAUUUUUAUUAAUGUAACGUUUAUAUUUCAAUAUACGUCUUGCAUAUAGUGAAAUACGAACUGAAUGAUCAAUAAAUCAUAUACACUGCGCAUUACAUUCGCCGAUUCAUGU